AUGGUAUUGUUGCCUGAGCAGUGCGUCAGUACACCUCCUGAGCAGUGCGUCAGUACACCUCCUGAGCAGUGCGUCAAUACACCUCCUGAGCAGUGCGUCAGUACACCUCCUGAGCAGUGCGUCAGUACACCUCCUGAGCAGUGCGUCAAUACACCUCCUGAGCAGUGCGUCAAUACACCUCCUGAGCAGUGCGUCAAUACACCUCCUGAGCAGUGCGUCAAUACACCUCCUGAGCAGUGCGUCAAUACACCUCCUGAGCAGUGCGUCAAUACACCUCCUGAGCAGUGCGUCAGUACACCUCCUGAGCAGUGCGUCAAUACAUCUCCUGAGCAGUGCGUCAGUACACCUCCUGAGCAGUGCGUCAAUACACCUCCUGAGCAGUGCGUCAAUACACCUCCUGAGCAGUGCGUCAAUACACCUCCUGAGCAGUGCGUCAAUACACCUCCUGAGCAGUGCGUCAAUACACCUCCUGAGCAGUGCGUCAAUACACCUCCUGAGUAG